CCUCAGUAUGGGACAUACUAUGUUGAUCACCUUAACCAGAAAACCCAGUUUGAAAAUCCAGUGGAGGAAGCCAAAAGGAAAAAGCAGUUAGGACAGGCUGAAAUUGGGUCUUCAAAACCAGAUAUGGAAAAAUCACACUUCACAAGAGAUCCAUCCCAGCUUAAAGGUGUCCUUGUUCGAGCAUCACUGAAAAAAAGCGCAAUGGGAUUUGGUUUUACUAUUAUUGGCGGAGAUAGACCUGACAAGUUCCUACAAGUGAAAAAUGAGCUGAAAGAUGGUCCCGCAGCUCAGGAUGGGAAAAUUGCACCAGGCGAUGUUAUUGUAGACAUCAAUGGCAACUGUGUCCUCGGUCACACUCAUGCAGAUGUUGUCCGGAUGUUUCAAUUGGUACCUGUCAAUCAGUAUGUAAACCUCACUUUAUGUCGUGGUUAUCCACUUCCUGAUGACAGUGAAGAUCCUGUUGUGGACAUUGUUGCUGCUACCCCUGUCAUCAAUGGACAGUCAUUAACCAAGGGAGAGGCUUGCAUGAAUCCUCAGGAUUUUAAGCCAGGAGCAAUGGUUCUGGAGCAGAAUGGAAAAUCGGGACACACUUUGACUGGUGAUGGUCUCAAUGGACCAUCAGAUACAAGUGAGCAGAGAGUAUCCAUGGCAUCGUCAGGCAGCUCCCAGCCUGAACUAGUGACUAUCCCUUUGAUUAAGGGCCCUAAAGGGUUUGGGUUUGCAAUUGCUGACAGCCCUACUGGACAGAAGGUGAAAAUGAUACUGGAUAGUCAGUGGUGUCAAGGCCUUCAGAAAGGAGAUAUAAUUAAGGAAAUAUACCAUCAAAAUGUGCAGAAUUUAACACAUCUCCAAGUGGUAGAGGUGCUAAAGCAGUUUCCAGUAGGUGCUGAUGUACCAUUGCUUAUCUUAAGAGGAGGUCCUCCUUCACCAACCAAAACUGCCAAAAUGAUGAGUAUACACUGGUCCUCAAAUCUUUUCCCCAACACACUGAGAGAGAUGCCACAUUCCCCUCUGUAAGUGGAGCUCACUGUGGUGAUGAUUAUCGACUGGGAGAAGUUAGGAGGCAUGCUGCCCUUGGCUUGUGUUUAUUAGAAACUAGGGAAGCGUUUGAAAAAGCCCCCUAGUGAGGAGAUGUGCUCCACUGGUUAAGUAUUGCAACUGGAGGAUUACUAAAGGCCUAUUGUACCAAUAAUCCUGUUCUCUAAGUUAUAAAAUGUGAACACAUUAAAGAACCAACCUAGAGGUCUUUUUACUUUUGUGUUUCAGAGAAACAAGGUAGGAAGGACCUAAAUGUUAAGACAGAUGAUAAACUAUUACAUCGUCUUGCCCCUGCCUGAAGAGAAGACGUACUAGUUCACAUAAUUUUGUGGGGACUAUAAAUAUGCAUGCAUCUUUAGAUAAUCUUCUUACUUUUAAGACUACAUUAGGCUUCUUUUUUUAUUAUUUAUUUUGUAUUUAUUUAUUUAUUUUUUGAG